AUGAGUUCCCAGCAGCAGAAGCAGCCCUGCACCGUACCUCCUCAGAUUCAGCAGCAGCAGGUGAAACAGCCUUGCCAGCCUCCACCCCAAGAACCAUGUGUCCCCAAAACCAAGGAGCCAUGCCAGCCCAAGGUGCCUGAGCCCUGCCAGCCCAAGGUGCCUGAGCCCUGCCACCCAAAGGUGCCUGAGCCCUGCCAGCCCAAGGUGCCUGAGCCCUGCCACCCCAAGGUGCCUGAGCCCUGCCAGCCCAAGGUGCCAGAGCCAUGCCCCUCAACUGUCACUCCAGUGCCAGCCCAACAGAAGACCAAGCAGAAGUAA